AAAAUCCAUGGAGAGAUUCCCGACAACGAAAUCUAGAUUCGGUCUUUCCUCUCCGAUCACAGUGGACAGGAGGGGACCCCCUUCUGCUCCGUUAACCCUCGAAUGCUUUUAUCUAUUUCUCUCUUCUUUCCCAAUCCUUUCACACUACUCUCGCGUUAAACGUCGGACAUUUUCUAAUUUCCGUCUUUGGCUUCUUCCACUGUCCACUGCUCUCAGGACAAAACCCUUCUUUGUUAAUAGCUUUUCUCUCUGGCCGACCAGCGACCACCACGGUGUGCCAUGGCUGAGUCCGACGUAGAGUUCUCUGCUUCUUCGUCUUCUGGUGCUCUCAUUCAUGUAUUGGCCGUUGAUGACUGCCUUGUGGACCGUAAAGUCGUCGAGAAGCUCCUUAAGGCUGCAAAGUUCAAGGUUACUAUAGUUGAAAGUGGAAAGAAGGCAAUGGAGGUUCUCCGGUUGAAUGAAGAGAAGAUUGAAAGUACUGUUGAUGACCAGAAGAUUGACAUUAUUCUUACUGAUUACUGUAUGCCUGAGAUGAAUGGCUAUGACCUCCUCAAGGCUGUCAAGGAGAACAACUGCCUGAAAUCUAUGCCAGUAGUCAUAAUGUCAUCCGAGCACGUGCCAGAGAGAAUUAGCAGGUGUCUUGAUGCUGGAGCUGAGGAUUUCAUCCAGAAACCUCUUAGAAUAAGAGAGUUGCAGAGAUUACGAAACUUUGUAUUGCCAGUGACACCUACUCCUGUAACAGGAAUGAAGAGAAAGGUGCCACUUGAUCUGCUGCCUGAGAGCAAUACAUCAGAAAGGCGACCCCGCCUUGCUGGAGUUGCGGUUGCAUGAGCAGGAGAUGUAUUACUAAGCUUGUCAUCUUUGAGUGGGUGACCGCCAACACUUGUUUGUUGCUUUUCUUUUAACUUACUCUUGUUUGGAUUGUUGGGGUUUUGUAUAGGUGGGGGGGGCUGCUUUUUGUUUCUGGUGGCGGGUUUGUGGUUGAAUGGUGGCUUCAAGAUGUGUACUGAUGUUGAAUGACUUUUGAACAUGUAUCCUCUCAAUAAUAUUUCUAGUAUUUCUGAUCA